AUGUCAUUGAAACAGGAAAUAGAAACGUGGGUGUCGGCCCUAGGUCGAUACGACAACAAUGAAUUCGAUGAGGCCCUCAAGGACUUUGAGAGGAUCUCCGACACAUCAAAAAUCCUCUUCAAUAUGGGUGUCAUUCACGCCACUCUGGGAGAGCAUGAGAAAGCUGUCGAGUGCUACCAGCGAGCAAUUAAGCUGGACCAGUAUCUGGCUGUGGCCUAUUUCCAGCAGGGCGUCUCUAAUUUCUUGCUCGGCGAUUUCGAAGAGGCAUUGGCCAACUUCAAUGACACUCUUCUUUACCUACGAGGAAACACCAUGAUCGACUACGCCCAACUGGGUCUGCUCUUCAAGCUCUACUCUUGCGAGGUGCUCUUCAACAGAGGUCUCUGCUACAUCUACCUGCAACAGAAAGAUGCUGGUAUGCAGGAUCUGUCGUACGCUGUCAAAGAGAAGGUGGUGGAGGACCACAACGUCAUCGAUGAGGCGAUUCGGGAAGAGGCAGAGGGAUACACCGUUUUCUCGAUCCCCGUCGGCGUCGUGUACCGACCGAACGAAGCAAAGGUUCGCAACCUUAAGACGAAAGACUAUCUCGGAAAGGCCAGGCUAGUCGCCGCCUCCGAUCGUGCGAACGCCUUCACUGGCUUUGCCGGGUCCGAGAUCAAGAAUGCUGGCAAGAACGAUGUCAAGGACGACAGACCCGCUGACAAUAUUUCCUUCGCUGCAACCAACCUAGUCAAGCCCGGACUGGCUUCCAGAAGACAACAAUCCGAACCGCCCAACGGCCGCGGCGUCUUCCCCCCCACACCUCCCCCCGACCAGGUCGAGGCCAACAAUGGCGGCGCCGUGUCCCGCGGACAAUCCGUCCGCAACGGACCUAAGCCAAUGCUUGCGAAGCUAAACAUCGAGAAUUCCAGACCCAACGAGCGGUAUCAAAAGACGAGUAGCCCCAACGACCGCAGAGGACCUCCACCCAUGAUGAGAUCCGAGUCACGGUCGGCAACUCCCAGCAGAGGAUACUCAAGACGCGACUUGCAGAUGCGCGGCCGGCCGGUCGAUGAGGAGGCCGAGGAUGCUUACCCUGACGAACUAUACGACAUGUACCAGAGCGGCGGCGGUGGCAACAGCACGAGAACUAGCCGGCAGCCCUCCCGCCGUGUACCCCAACGAUACAUGGACGAGGAAGACGAUGGUUCUGACUACGGCUCUUUCGAUGAGGGUGACUUCGAGAUGGUGUCCAACAACAGACGCCCAGGCACAAACUCAAUGUCCUCCCGUGGUGGUUCAAGAAGACCUGAAGUCCGAAAGAUCCGUGUCAAGGUCCAUGCGGAGGAUGUUCGAUACAUCAUGGUCGGCGCGGCAGUUGAAUUUCCCGACUUUGUUGACCGGAUCCGUGACAAAUUUGGUCUUCGACGGAGGUUCAAGAUCAAGAUCCGCGACGAGGAUGUGCCCAAUGGCGACAUGAUCACCAUGGGGGACCAAGAUGACUUGGACAUGGCGAUCAUGAGUGUCAAGAGCCAAGCAAGGAGAACAAGGCAGGAUAUAGGCAAGAUGGAGAUCUGGGUCCAAGAAAUUAUGUAG